UGCCCCAGUUGAACAUUCCAGCGCCACAUACAUCAUUUAUCAGGGCCCAAAGGAAGAGCCAGUCAGCCGCGCUGCUGCAGCUAUGGCGGCGCCGAUAGCCCACUUCGAUGACGAGUGGCAGGAUUUUAACGAAUUUAGACCGGCGUCUGGGAAGGAUCACCAGAUGGACAGAGUUAAUCUGAACGUACAGGAUGUCACGGGUCUGCUAGAGGACUUCCCGGAGCUCGAUAACGGUUACUCUGGGGAGCUCGGUAGUUUUAAAUCAAUGGAGGACCUGGUGAACGAUUUUGACGAGAAGUUGACAGUGUGCUUUCGAAAUUACAACACCAAAACGGACUAUAUAGCACCCGUGGGACCAAUCACCGAGGAUACCAUCCUAAAGAACGACGAGAUCUGGAAUGCUUUAACAGACAGCUAUGGCAACAUCAUGCCCGUGGACUGGACACAGUCUCGGACUCGAUCGCUGCACCUCCCCACACUAAACCUGGAUGAGAAAUCUAAGGUGGUUGCCAGUGUGUCUGUGGAGUUGUCUGACGAUGAGGAGCUGAGGGAGCAGAUGGACAUGCACUCCAUCAUCGUCUCCUGCAUCAGCGAGGAGCCGCUCUUCACCGCGGAACAGGUGAUUGAGGAGAUUGAGGAGAUGAUGCAGGACUCCUCGGACGUGGAUCUGGAGCAGCAGCCAUCUCAGUCGGACCUCUCUCUCCUCUCCCUCGAGCUGCACCGAUCCGACACCAGCCACAGCUACGAGGAACGCGUGCGCUCCCUGUCGCUGUGUGAGCUGGGCGAGCUCCUGGAGGAGGUGGAGUCUGCUAUCCGUCGCUACUCGGAGGAGCUGGUGCUGCAGCUGGCGCGGCGUGACGAGCUGGACUACCAGAAGGAGGUGAAGAACUGCUUCAUCUCCGUGCUCAUCGACGUGCAGAACCGGCAGAAGGAGCACCGCGAGCUGCUCCGCAGGAAGAGGAGGACGAAGGCCGCAGGAGCAGGAGCAGGAGGAGGAGGAGGAGGAGGCACCUCUGCUAUGGGACAGACGCCUUCUCCAUCCUCCUCGCGGCCAGAGAGAACCGUCAUCCCCGGAACGCUCCUGUCUCAGCGCUUCAGCAUGGAGGGUAUCUCUACUGCCAUUCAAAAUGGCUUCCGGCAAACUUUUGGCACUGGGGGCGGGGGAAAACAGUAUUUGACUACAGUGAUACCGUAUGACAGGAAAGGAGGCCCUCCAUCAGUUGAAGACCUUCAGAUCCUUACAAAAAUUCUACAGGCCAUGAGGGACGACAGUGACAAAGUGCCAACACUCCUGACAGACUACAUCCUAAAAGUGCUUUGCCCCACAUAAUCACAGGAACCCUUACCAGCAGAACAAAAGACUCUUGAUUCACAAGUCAGAGGACGUUUUAGUUUUUUUCCACUGUGAAUUUUGUACAUACUUGACACACACGUGUGUCCUGCUUAUUUAUGCAAGCAUGAUAUUUUGCCUUUUUAUGAAGGGGUCAUUGUUGUGUUAUUAUUGCUUUCACUGUGUCCUGCAUGUUUGCCACAAUGCAGUGUAGGUGCUGCAUACCAUGCAGACUUCAAAGCAUCCUUUGUUAUAGGCUGCAGUCAUCAGACUUUUGUGUUGCCUUUGAAUGAAUUGAAUGCUCAUACUGUAUUAUAUUUUGGCAUGCUCUGACACGAGUUUGAUGUGGGGCUUGACUGAAAGGUCAAAGGAGCCUCUCGUACGCAAUGCUCGGAUUGCACAGUAGAUGAGGCACCCCAGUGAGUAAACUAUUUACAGUAGUACAAAAGGUUGAUCUUAAUCCUCAACGAAGUUUAGGAUUCAUUUUGUUUGUUUCUUGGAUUAACAAAAUGUCGAGUGAAACACGACAGAAGCCAUAUUUUGCUAUGCAACUUCAAUUGCUUCUAUUAAUUUGCUAUGAAACUUGAAUACCAGUGAACUAACCACUAACCAUGUGGUAAGUUCGAAGCAAAUGUUUUGGGUUUAAGGACAGGAUUGAGAGUCCCCAUAGCCUGUCAUUCUGAAGCAGGCUGAGACAAAGUCCAAAUUAUCCAAAUAACAGAGACAGCAGCAAACAUUGCAAUUUCAGUGGGGACCACUCAAUCGCAUUGCAGAAAAUUCAGAAAAGGAACAAAAAGCUCUAAAUACCGCACUUAAAAACAAAAUAUCUCUCAGUGGGACAAGUAAGAUCCUCAGUCCCCAACAAGUUGUAUAGAGGAUAAAUAACACCUUGUAAAACUAAGAUGUUUACAAUGAGAUGUCUCAUCUACUGUACAUUGAGUUUUAUGUGCAUUGUUUCAACAGGUUGUUUCACAAAGGGCAUCACAUAAUUUUAGCCUUCCCAGUGGUGUAGUCUACGUAGAACACGGGUAUACGGAGUAUACCCACUUCUAAAUUUCAGUGAUUUCAGUAUACCCACUUAAAGUUGAUUGAUCCAUUGUUUUGAAUGGCACAAAUAUAUACAGUAUACCCACUUCAAAAAAAUCUCAAAUAUACAGUAUACCCACCACAAAAAAGUAGACUACACCACUGAGCCUUCCUAAAGACAUUUCAGCCUUGCAGUCAAUGUACUAUACGCAAUAUGCUACACACAUUACUGUGUGAAACAUGCACAACCUUCUUAACUUCAAAAGAUAGUUUUUGGACUCUUUAUUAACUGCAGUGAAAUGGAAAAGAUUUAAUUUGGUGUAACACACAACUGCACCAUGCAACUAAGGGACUUUUUGGUUUGAUAACAGUUUUGUAGACGCUCAACAUUAGUCAUCAUCAAAAUAAUGAACACAAUGAAAAUACAUACAGUAGUGUAUAAAGUACAGUACUAUGCUGAAUAUUGUAUUAGCACUUGGAUUGUAAAUUUACACUGAGUUAACACUGUAUAAAAAUGUAUUUUUUAAUGCAAUUCCCACAUUGCUUAGUACUGAUGUUCCUAGACAAUAAGUUGAAUGUUAUUGGGUUGAAACCCAAGACUCAGACUGAAACAAAUAUUAUUCUGAUACAACUCGUGCAGAAUUGAAAGGGUCCAGAAUUCAGUUCAGUCAGUUUCAUGCUGUGCAAAGCAAGGCUGAUCAGGUUAUUGUAGAUGCAGUAUUAUCCAGACAAAGAUACUUAAAUGGGUCAAUGGCGUUUUAGUAGUAGCACACUUCAGGGUGGUGCAACCACAGCUAAUGCCGCUACUGUAUGGCUUAAAGGAAUGACUGAUGUAUUGUAUGGAAUAAAGGAUAUUUGCCUUUAGUGGAUUAUCAAAUAAGCAUAUUCAUUGAACAGGGGAAUCUGGACCCUGAGUCUGUUGAAUAAAGUUUAUAUUGAAGUACAUUUACUACUAAUUUCUAAUUAACUUAUGGACAUUAACUGUGGUUGUACCAUCUGACGUCUGGGCCCAAAAAACUUCACUGACCCAUAUACAGUAUUUGUCUAUGGUAUUACCAUCCCAAAGUGUGGGCAUCAAGCAGUCUGCUGAAGAUGGCAAAGCAGAAAGCAAGGAAACCAUGCCGACGGCAUGGUUAACCUCCUAUCUGGUUUGAUGUGCCUAGGUAGGUCUUAGGGGUGUUGUUGUUCCAAUCCUAAGGAUUGAGCUUUGAAUAAGCAUGUAUGGGUAGAGUUCGAGAAAUUUACCAGUUACAAGCACAAGCAUUCCAAGUCUUGUGGUUGCAUCGAGGGCAGCUGAAAAUGUAGGGAAUGAAUGACUGUGGGCAUGCACUGUACUGUACCGAACAAAUAUGUGUGUGUGUUUGCAAAGACCACAGAUGUUUUUUUGUUUUUUUUAAUGUAGGCCUAUGCUCACCUUUUGUGCAUCGUUUCUAUUAUGUGUACUGCACCACAGAUAGUAAACCGAGACUCAAUCAUGAUGAUGAUUGAACAUACGAGAUUAAAUAUAACUAUGAUUCAAAUUUGCCUAGUCUCAAAAACAUCAGAAUCCAUUUCAGUAAUGAGUUGCAGACUGAACGAUGACAGCUUCUGAAAGUUCCUGAAAGGUUUGCAACACAAAUAGUUGCUUCUACAUUCUCAUUGAAUUUUCAGAGACAAAGAAUUUGUCCUAGAGAUUCACAUUCAAUCCAUCCAAUAAAGGCAGCGCACUGACACACUCAGUGGAUAUACACUCAUUUUGGUUCUACCAGAGCAACAUAACACUUUGAAUAACCUCUCUAUACACACUCAGUUAUACAGCAUUAAAGUGGACCAGUUGUGGACUUGAUGUUUAUUUUCUUUUUUUGUGAGAAUGUCUACAAUCAAUGUUGUUUUUCUUUUUUAUUAUUAUUUAUUUCACGUUACAUUAGACCUGUCGCCUCCAAAGACAGGCGAGGUGUAGAGACAAGACCUCCAAAUAGAAGGGUCCUGUAUUGUUGUGUGAAGACAAGUGUUUUUGGCAAAAAAAACCCUCUUUUAUUAUAUGGCCAAAUGUCUUGUUACUUUUGGGGGAGGGUUCCUCAAUUCUGCAUUCUGUUGUCUUUAUACGGCAGUGGAGUUUUCCUUAUUCGGGAAAAUAUACCCAACAGGCUUUAUUUCCUACCAGUCCAUACACACACUGUACUGUUCUUCUUAUUAUUCAUGUUUACACUGGUCUCUCAUAAGAUUUAUUUACUUGCUAUGGCCAUACUGAAACAUUUUGCUAAUGUUGCAUUUUCAGCGUGCAAUUGCAUUAAAAGUAUUUCUCUCAUUCCCCUUUUGAUAUUGUGUUUCUUUAGUUCCCGUCAUCAGUCACUGUUAAAGGGACACUCCACCCAUUUGCAUUAGGCUUUCCAUUGCUAGACACCCAGUCAUACUUUUGAAUGGUCGUGCAACACUUUCUCAAUUCCCCCUGAGACAGGAGAAAUCUGUAUUCACCUCUUAACACUUC